CCUGCAGCAAGUCUCUAGGAGUGUAAGCUGACCAAGAGAUCAUGAUUUUGUCCAUUUCUUUGAGUCUUACAAUUCUUUUCUUUGCAGGAGCAAGUGGAGUAGAUAUUGAUGACCUCCAUGAUGCUACUGGUUUCUAUGAAAUAGAGGCACUAGUACAAGGCUGGAGACAGCUCAGCAAUGAAGAGAGACUUGAGUUUAAAGAAUUCAUUGACUCGGUCACUGGAAGAAGGAGCAAUAGUAGUAAUAAUAGUGCAGUAACUGAAGGUCAUAGACAUCGCAAGUUCACAACAUACCCGUCAAUUGGCCUGUAUUCAUAUAAAAGCUACCUGUACUACUAUCCUACAAUCCACUGGAGUCUCAGUAGUACUCCUGAUACUAACAAUUACUGGGUGGGUAUUUACAAGGUCGGUGCUACUGAUAGGCAGUACCUGGCAUGGCGGUGGGUUCGAAAGAAUACCAAAGGCUCAUACUACAUUGGUAAACUGGCCACUAAGUGUUUAGAGGUGUCCACCUCACGUUAUGAGGAGUUUGAGUUACGUUUAUUUAAAGGAGGCUAUCAAAGGUUGCCUGCAAGCAGCAAUAAGUUGUAUGGCAAAGUCAAUUCAUCACCACCUAAAUCUGCUUCUUAUCAAAGCAGGAAUGAGUCUGAGCUAGAUCCUCAAAUGAAAUCAUUUAUACAAUCUCUUGAAAAAGCACUUGAUUCAAAUGCUGAAUCUACACUGACUAAGGAGAAUCUGCAAAAUCUUUGGUUUCAAUUUAGUGAGCAAGAGCGUGACUUGCUUUAUCCGAUAUUGGAACAAGACUGUCUUCCUAUUCAUAUAAGGAAACCGGAAUAUACUGAUGAUGAGGAAUGGCCUGAACCACUGAAAGUGUACCCUGAUCUUCCUGAUUCAGUACCAACAGCAGCAGAAGAGGAAUGUAGCAUAUGCAGUAAUAGACUGUGGAUAUCAUUGAAGCAAAGUUAUACUUACGUCUAUCCUGCAAUCAAUACCCAGAAAACACUGUCUGGAAGAUGGGCAUGGCUGGGAGUAUAUAGGAAAAGAUCUACAUCGCCCUAUCCUGCCACAGGGUACCUGAGAUGGCAGUGGGUUGGUCCAGGAUACAAGAGGGUCUCUAAACUUGGGUGCAUUACGGAACACAAACAUGGGCCAAUAUCCCAAGUGUAUGAAGGUCCAGUGUUUGACUACAUUGCUUCAGCUUACACUCAUAUUGGGUUUGGGUCUGGCAGUAUUUAUGCUGCAAUUAAUGUGACUCCUGAGUGCUGAGCAGGCAGUUUAAAGGCAUCAGAAGUAGAAAAGGAACAAUUCAUUAAUUAUUUAGUUUAGCUUAUUAUUAGUAGUCAACCUAGGACAUUAUUUUUUUGAUUUUUCUGAUGCAACAACAAGUUUAAUAAAAACAAAAUUGUAUUACAUUAGUAAUGAAAUGGGGAGAACUAUACCCAAUGACAAUAA